UCCUUAAUUUUUCUUCUUCUGUGUGAUGUGAGUGCAGUGUUUUCCGGCGAGAUUUGGCCGGAGAAUGGCGUACAUGUGUACUGACAGCGGAAACCUAAUGGCGAUUGCUCAGCAAGUCAUUAAGCAAAAGCAGCAGCAAGAGCAACAGCAGCACCACCACCACCAACACGACCAGCACAAUCAGCUCAGUUCAGGCUUUUCUCUCUCCGCUCCAUGGCCCGGUAACACUCACCACGCGCCCACUUUGGGGUACGGGUUGGCCGGGUCGGGCUUUCCCGACCCGUUUCAGCUGCCCGGGAGCUCCGACUCGACGGUCGGGGAGCCCGGGUUUCCGUUCCCCAACUUGGAUCAUCAUCAUCAUCAUCAUAAUCCGAGCAGUACCGGGUUUAGAUUCUCGGAUUUGGGUGGAGCGGCCGAGUUCGACUCGGACGAGUGGAUGGACAGCAUAAUAGGCGGUGGGGAUUCAACGGAUAGUUCCAACCUGCCCUCCGUGUGCGACGCGUGGCAGAGCAAUGCCGCGGAUUUCGGCCUCUACGCUUCCGAUCCCUUUGUCCCCUGCCCGAGUCGGCUCAGCGCUCCGUGCUCUUCGCCCUCCGAUCUCAACCGAGUCAUAUACGCCGAGUCUCAGAACCAGAAAACGACUUCUCUCCAACCUCAAUUGCCUCCAGCAUGGACCCCACCGCCACUGCCGCCCCCGCCGCCGCAGCCGUCCUCGAUUGCUGUUAAAGACGCCAAAUCAGUCAACCCUGCACCUCAAAACGACGCCGUCGGAGUGUCCUCCAGGUCGCCGGAGAUCGAAUCGGCGCCGCCGCUACUGAAAGCGCUACUCGACUGCGCCAGAGUCAUCGAGUCCGAACCAGAGCGUGCGAUCAAAUCACUAGUUCGGCUCAGAGAGUCCGUCUCCGAGCGUGGAGAUCCAACCGAGCGAGUCACCUUCCGCUUCACGGAGGCUCUGUACAGCCGAGUCUCGCCGCCGCCGGAUAAAACCUCCGCCGCGUACGACGGCAGCUGCGAAGAAGACUUCACUCUCUCUUACAAGGCCUUGAACGACGCUUGCCCUUACUCCAAGUUUGCUCACUUGACGGCGAACCAGGCCAUCCUCGAAGCGACGGAGAGAGCCACCAAGAUUCACAUAGUCGACUUCGGCAUAGUUCAAGGUGUCCAAUGGGCCGCUUUGUUGCAGGCUUUGGCCACCCGGUCCACCGGAAAGCCCAGUAAAAUUCGGAUCUCCGGUAUUCCCGCUCCGUCGCUCGGCAACUCUCCGGCGGCGUCGCUGUUUGCUACUGGAAAUAGACUCUGCGAGUUUGCUAAGCUUCUGGAGCUAAAUUUCGAGUUUGAACCGGUGCUGACUCCCAUUCAGGAGCUUAACGAGUCUUGUUUCCGGGUCGACCCGGAUGAGUUCUUGGCGGUGAACUUAAUGCUCCAGUUGCACAACCUCCUUGACGAAUCCACCACCGGAGUUGAAGCAGCUUUAACUCUUGCGAAAUUGCUGAACCCGAAAAUUGUGACUCUGGGGGAGUAUGAGGCGAAAUUGAACCGGGUGGGGUUCAUGAGCCGGUUCAAGACAGCAUUGAAGUAUUACAAGGCAAUGUUUGAGUCUCUUGAGCCAAACAUGGCACGAGACUCGCCGGAGAGGCUGCAGGUGGAGAGGCUGUUGCUGGGCCGGAGAAUUGCCAGUGUGGUUGGGGCGGAGGAAUCGGGAACGAAACGACAGCGUUUGGAGGACAAGGAGCAGUGGAAGUUCUUAAUGGAAAGCGCUGGUUUUGAGCCAGUGACGCUCAGCCAUUAUGCAGUCAGCCAAGCCAAGAUUCUUCUGUGGAAUUAUAGUUACAAUGCAUCGUAUUCUCUUAUCGAAUCGCCUCCUGGGUUUCUCUCCUUGGCGUGGAAGGAAGUCCCUCUGUUCACUGUUUCUUCAUGGCGUUAAUGGCUUUUGGUUUCGAUUGGUUUUCGCCAGGUCUUUUAUCUCUGGUUGUGAGCCUGUCAGUUUCGAUACGCCAUUGACGUAAUACCUAGUUUGGUGCUUCUUCUUCUUCAUCAGAGAUGGGACUCAGGAGCUUCAUUAGUGAACUUACAGUUAGUAUUCGUUUCUGAUUAAGCCUUAUAUUUUGCCACAUUUUGGUUGUUAAUUUUGUAGUUUGUUCUUAGUUUUUUUGGUUUUCGGUUGGGUGGGGGCUUUGCUUAUAGGGUUGAAAAUCUGAAAUAUGACUUAAUUGUAAAAAUGGGAAUUUGAAAUGGGGGAAGAUAGGUUCUGUCUCCCAUAGGUUUCUGUAAUUCUGUAUGUAAAUUUGAAUCUUCCUAUUGGAUUUAGUUUUCAUCU